AUGGUGGUGAUGGCAAUGGCUGCGGCGGUGGUAGUGGUAAUGGUGUUUAUGGUGGUUGCAUAUCGUGGUGGCCGCGGCGGUAGUAACGGUGGCGAUGGUGGUGGUGGUGACGGCAGUAGUUACAACGAUGAUGGUGGUUGUUGUGGUUAUGGUGGCGGUGGUAGUGGCGGCGGCAGUAGUAGUGGCGACGAUGGUGGUGGUGAUAACGGCAGUAGUUGCAACGAUGGUGAUGGUGAUGUGGUGACGAUAGCAGCAGUGGCUGCAAUGGUGGUGGUUGGCGAUGAUAGUGGUGGCGGCGGUGGUGAUAGUGACUGUGGCAUGGUGGUAAAGAUGGAUGGAGGCGGUGGAAUCAUGGUGGUGGUGGUGGUGGUGACGACGGCAUUGGUGAUACGAUAA